UUUAAUUAUCGUUCAAUCCACUUGAAACUUUCAAGCCGACGCGUCCAAUUAAACAAACUAACUAAAUAAUUAUCGCAAUUAAUGAGGUACCUCAUAACUCAAUCCUUAAAUAAAUUCAACUCUUGCGCAUGCCACGCCCCCUCAGCCCAUUGGCUUAUAGCUAAUUAUAUCUUUGGUUCUUCGGAGCCAAGACUAUUUGCAUCUUUUAAAAACUUCCAAUUAAAUAUGAACUUUUGCCGAACGCAAUUGAGAUCAAACUCCCUUAGCCAUUUGUUAAAUGUAGCAUACAAAAAUGUCAUCCAGAUAUACACCCAUUAGUUCAAGCUUUUCAUCUUAAUUUCACAUGGAAUCGCUGCCAGAUGCAACGAAUUCCCUCAAUUAUGUACUGUAUCUUUGAGUCAAUAAAGCACAAAAUAAUUUGAAACAUAUUUUAAAAGUAUCUUCUUAACAUUUCAGUCUUAGUAUUUCGAAGUGACAAAAACGAGUCGUUAGCUUUCCAAUUAGUUAGAGUUAUUGCUUCUCCCAAAUUUGCUGUAGAUUUUACACUUUGAGGGCCAGUUGUGUUUGUUAAGUGUACUAGAGACGUGUGAAGUGUAAAAAUGAGUGUUAAAGAUGAGUCUAUGGAUAAAUGUGAAAAGGACAGAACUGAAACGAAACUGCCGUUUUCCAUAGAUAAUUUGUUGGCUGAUAAAUUUGAAUCUCAAUCGUAUUUUAAAGAUUCUGGUGAUGAGAGCAGUGAUUCGGAACAGUUGGAUGUAGAAACGUCCGUCGGUGAUGCGCAGGAGUUUGCAGAGACGGCAGAAUCUCAACAAUCAGGUUCAUGCAGUACCAGAGGAAAACGUGCUAGGACAGCUUUCAGCGCUCAACAGAUCAAAAGUUUAGAGGCCGAAUUUGAAAAGAACCGAUACCUAUCUGUCGCCGCUAGGGGUCGUUUGGCUAGGCAGCUAAGACUUACAGAGACACAGAUAAAAAUUUGGUUUCAAAAUCGUCGAACUAAAUGGAAAAGAAAAUACACAAACGAAGUAGAAAUAUUUGCACAGCAAUAUUACAGUAGCUUAGGUAUUGUAACCCCGAGGCCAAUGUUUGUGGGAGACAGAUUAUGGAUCUUUAAUUAUCCUAACAGACUUCCACAAUGGAAAUCAUUAAAUAUUGCUAAUAUAAAUGCACAUGGACACGUGAUUGAUAGAAACCUCUAUCGGAAUGCUCCUAAACCAGAAUUCCUCGGUCCAAAUGAAAGGUUUUCAAAUUUGGAACGACUGUCAGCUGUCAAAGCGCCCGCGCAAAAUCGCCUAUACCCAGUACCUAGUGUCUUCUCAAACUUAGCACAGAGGAGUAUGGAUAUCUAUAAAAAUGGAAUUCUAAAUCAUAGUAACCAAGAUUCAAACAUUGAUCACUUAAGAAGACUGGAAGAAAACUUUAGUAUUUAAGGUGUAGUGAUAGGAAAUAAUAUGUACCAUAGAGUUUUAUAUGCCAAAAAAUAAAAUAGAGUAAUAAUAAUAAAAUUGUUUCAUU